AUGAAAACUCUCGUUUCUCUUUUACUCGUGACUCUCGCUCUCAGUGUUGCUUUGGUACAUGCUGCCAUCAUCACCGAAGAGGACCAUCAUACUUUGGCCAUUGAUUUUGAUAUCAUCAAGCAAGUAAAUACCAAUCCUCAAUCUACAUGGAAGGCUGGUGUUAAUAGAAACUUUGCUGGAAAGACUCUUGCUGAAAUCAAGAGAUUGUUGGGCUUCCCAAAGAAAGAAGGAAAGAUCAGAUAUACUGAAGAAGAAAUGAUCACUAUCAACCACUAUCAUCAAGCAAAGAUGAAGGCUGUUGAUGAAGUUGGUAUCAAGGAAGCUGCCAAGGAAUUCAAGAGUUUGGCUUUGCCAGAUAAUUUUGAUGCAAGACAACAAUGGGGCAAGUGUAUUCACCCAAUCAGAAAUCAAGAACAAUGCGGUUCUUGUUGGGCUUUCUCCGCCUCUGAAGUCUUGUCUGAUCGUUUCUGUAUUGCCUCCAAGGGAGCUGUUGAUGUUGUCUUGUCUCCACAAGACAUGGUCAGCUGCGACUACAACGACAUGGGUUGUGAUGGUGGAAAUCUUGAUAAUGCUUGGUGGUGGUUAAAGAAUAAGGGUAUUGUCCCUGAUAGCUGCAUGCCAUACAUUUCAGGAAAUGGUGUCACUGCUCCUUGCCCAACUACUUGCAACGGCACUAAUGUUCCAAUUUCAUCCAAGCUUUAUUAUGCCAAGUCCUAUCAACACAUUUCGCCAUGGAUGUGGUGGAAGAAGGUGGAAGAAAUUCAACAAGACAUUUUUGAUAAUGGACCUGUUCAAACAGGAUUUUCUGUUUAUCAAGACUUUAUUAACUACAAGUCUGGAGUUUACACUCACCAAACAGGAAGCUUUUUGGGUGGCCAUGCUGUAAAGAUUGUUGGUUGGGGUGUCACCAAUGACGGUCAAAAUACCCCAUAUUGGAUUGUUGCUAACAGCUGGAGUGCUGAUUGGGGUUUGAAUGGAUUCUUCUGGAUUAAGAGAGGCAAUGAUGAAUGUGGAUUUGAAUCAGACGUGUAUUCAGGUGAAUCGGAUCUCUCUAGAUUGCCAAAGCAAUAA